AUGAUGUCAUCAACGCCAACGAGCUGCCAUAAAGUUCAUUGCACAAUACCCAAGCCUGACCCAGCAAGCCGCUUUAUGGCUCGCAGGUUUCAACAGCCUCCAGGUUCAAUAAACAAAGGAAACCAAGCUCAGGGUGACCAGCCUCCCUUCAUCACAUCACCAGGAAUCAUUGCUGGCAGUCAUCGAAGUCAAGAAAAUACACAAACGAUAAAUCCAGCUUUAGGAACAGUGUCAACAAAUUUUACAGAAAAAGCAAAGAAACUAGGGGCAAUCCAGAUCAUAAUUGGAUUGAUGCAUCUUAGUUUGGGAAUGAUUUUGGGCACAGUAUGCCUCCCUGCAAACAUUCCCUCCAUUACUUUCACUGGUGGAUAUUCAUUCUGGGGAAGCUUCUGUUUCACUGUUUCUGGUAGUUUCUCUGUAUCAGCAGCCAAGCGCUCUUCCCCUCGUGUGAUAAGAGGCAGUCUGGGAAUGAAUAUUGUUAGUUGUAUCUUUGCCCUUACUGGAGUGAGCCUGUUGGUGAUGGAUAUGUACAUCAAUGUCACAUUAGACCAAAGCAAUGUGAUGGUGAUUCUUCGAAAUGUCAUUUUAGCCGUGCUGUUCAUCAUCUCCAUCUUGGAGUUCUGCAUAGCCUGUGCCACUGCCCAUUUUGUCAGGCAAUCUAUCUGCAACAUCAGUAGGUCUGUUCCAGUUGUUCCAACUGUGUAUGCAAACAACCCCUUGCCACCAGAGUUGUCUUCUCCUCCUCCCAGAAAUGAAGGCUACCUAUAUCCUGAGGUAUUAAAAGAAAAAGAGGCAUCAGUCUAUUCUCAUGCAGUAAAACCACCCUCAGAAACUUCUUAA